AUGUCGAAUUUAUCAAAGCUUGAGUUCGUGGCACUUGACAUUUCUGGAAAUAAUUACUUGUCAUGGGUACUCGACGUUGAAAUUCACCUUGACGCUAAAGGUCUUGGUGCUACUAUUACCAAUGGUAAUACGAUGCCGAGUCAGGACAAAGCAAAGGCAAUGAUUUUCCUUCGUCAUCAUCUGGAUGAAGGAUUGAAGGUGGAAUACUUUACGGUGAAAGAUCCACUUGAAUUGUGGACUGGUUUGAAUGAAAGGUAUGACCACCUUAAGGCAACGUUGAAAUUAUGUGGGGAAUAUAUAAAAGAUGAGGAUAUGUUGGAAAAGACUCUCACAAGUUUUCAUGCCUCAAAUUUGGUAAUACAACAGCAAUACCGUGAAAGGGGAAUCAAAAAGUACUCUGAGUUGAUCUCAUGCCUUCUUGUGACUGAGCAACAUAAUACUCUUUUAUUGAAAAAUCAUGAGGCCUGUCCCACGGGAACUGCUCCAUUACCGAAAGCAAAUGAGGUUGAAGCACAUGGCCAAUCUGAGAGAAGACAAAAUAAAAAUCAGGGGCAAAAUAAUGUAUGUGGACGUGGCAAUGGCAGGGGACGAUAUAAUAAUCGUCGUGGUGGUGGUCGCCACAAAAGGGAGAACAAUAUGGGUUCUCAAAGCAAUCCUUCAAGAGGCAAUUGUCAUCGUUGUGGCAUGAAAGGACAUUGGAAGAAUGAAUGCCGAGCAGCUGAGCAUUUUAUUAGGCUUUAUCAAGAUUCCUUGAAAAGAAAGGGAAAUAAAAAUGGUGCAUAUUCUUCUAAUGCUCAGGUGGAGUCACACUUGACUUAUAAAAAUGAUGUCGAGGCAGGGCCUUCACAAAAAUAUGAUGACAAUAUUGAAGCAAAUUUGGCUUUCAAAGAUGAUGAUUUUGAUGACCUUGAUGAUAUUACUCAUUUGGAAGUUGAAGACUUCUUUGGAGAUCGAAACUAUUUUUUGAUCAUUUGA